GAUAUCUGCCCACGUGGAGAGUGAGUAUGAAGUUUAGUUGCCCCAGGAUAUACCCUCAGUCCUACAGCCACAAAUAUAUAUAAUCCCAGCGAAUUUCAGUUUUGGCAAGUCGUUAGUUCAUCCUAUAUCACGUAGCUAUACUUUAGUCUACAUAAUGGACCGAGAGAAAGAGGAGAUAGGGAACAAGGGGGUUAAUGCCAACCGUGCCGUGAAGUGGACAACAGCUCGCGAGCCCACCCUCGCGCACAUUUUCAAAGCGUGUGAGGAUGUCACAGGGAGAUACUGUAUGUUAGGAAGCUAGAGAUAGACAGAGAGAUAUAGGAAGAACAGAUGGAGAGAGGGACAGAGUUAGAAAGAGAGAGGGGGAUUGACAACGAGGAGUAGCAAUAACAGGAAACACAGCGCGCAGGGCUUUGCUUUCCUACGGAGCGGAUGCACUGACCAGAGCAAACAGAAGGGCACGAGAGGAGCGGUAGCAGACAUAUAAACGGGAAGAGGAACACUCGACCACCUCAGAACUAACCGGUUCUAACAUUCUCACAGAGAGAGAGAGAGAGAAGAGUCGGUUUCCGUGCGGGGUGUUAUCCAAUUGAAAUCCAGGUGAACAACUUUGGAACACUGAGCCAUUGACUGACUAGCUACACCCGGUAGCAGUGUUAUGGGUGCGUUUCUUUUGACAAUAAGACACCGGGCUACAGCCAUAUGGUUUUGAACCUAGAAGAAGACCGAGAGACGGGAGUAGGCGAGAAGGAGUCGGCCGGGAUUGGUGAGAGGAAUGUCCAGUUGGACAGAAAAGCACGAAACCGUCAUCGACGAGGAGAAUAGAAGGUUCCAUGGAUUCCCCUUCUGAUCUGUUUGGUCGUCAGUCCUCCCUGAUUUCUCCCUUUGACCUUUACUCUGACCCCUCCACCGCCCUUGACCUCCCCAGACACCUCACACCCUCUGGAGGGGGGAACGGUGCACCCUACCCUGGAGCCAACCCCUCCUACCCCCUCAUCCACCACCUGCUGCAGCCUGGUGGAGCCCCCAUGAGGUCCGGGGGGGAAUUACACCUAGACAGAUAUAACAGGGAGGAGGAGGAGGGGAUGGGUGGACGGUUGGUAGGGGUGGGGGGGAAGAGGCUGAGCGGUGACGCCCUAGUGGCAGACUGGAGUUAUGACAUGAUGAGAGUGAAGCGAUUGAGACUGGAGAGUCUAGUUAAAGGAGAUGGAGAGAUAGGCUUAGAGGAAGAAGAAGAGGAGGAGGAGAAAGGGAGGAGGAGUGUGGAGAGGGGGAACAGGGAGAAAGGGAGGGAGGGGAGGAGAAGGGAGAGAGAGGAGCUGAAGGAACAGUUGGAAGAGGCGAGAGGAAGACUGAAGGCCUUGCAGGAGAAAGUAUGGAAAGCAUUCGGAGAGAGACCCACUCAGGAGGAGGAGAAGAGGUGGACCGGAGGAGAGCAGGAGGAGGAUGGUGAUGGAGAGAUGGACAAGGAGAAGGAGACAGCAGAAGGGAUCACUGAAGAAGAGGAGGUGGGAGAAAUAGACGAUCUCUCUCUUCCCUUCAUCCCCUCUUCUCCCCAUUUCCAAGGCAUCGCUAGACGAGACCGAAAAGCGAGGGACCAUGAGAAAAGGAGUGAAGAACAGAGGAACGCGAAUGGAGGAGGGGGGGUGUUUUUGGAGGGGGUUCUGGAGAGGGCGGCAGUGUGGAUGGGGUGUGGGGUGGUGAGGGGGGAAUGGGAGCGUUUUGGAGGGGAGCAGAAGUUUGCCCAAGCUUUGAAACAGGAACUGGGAAGCGCUGUAGCUCGAGUCAUCGAUAGGGUCCUCCGUCUAUACACCCAAAACGAACCUCUACCUCCCUCCAUUCAUCCUUUCACCCUGUCACCCAGAGAGGGAGGGAACGAGGGAGGAGGCGGAGGAGGAGUGUGGGCAGCCCUGAGAGAGAGGAGGGGGAGAGAACGGGGUGGAGGUUCACCUCCCCACUCGAACAGAGCUCCGCCCCCCCACCAGGAACAAUCUGAAGCGUUGCCGUUGAUUACCCGUCGCCCCGACAACCGCCGACACCAUCUUCUACCCCUCAACAACCACCCUAACAACCGAACUAAAACCCUCUUCUCCCUCCCCACCCCUUCCCCCUCUCUGCCAGCCUCACCGCCCUCACCACCACACCCACCCCGCCCUCCUCCCCCCCCCUCCUCUUGUCAUAAGGACUCCUCCCCCUUCCUCCCGCCCUCCUCCUGCCCGCUCCCCCUCCCCCUCCUCCACUACACCAUGCAACAGCUCUUCACUCAUUCUCUCUCUCACCUUCAUCCUCUCCACAAAGGGAACCCUUUCCUCCCCCACCUCACCCCCUCCUCCUCUUCCUCUCAUCCCUCCUUCCCUCCCCUCACUGUGAUGGAGGGAUUGGACCGGCUGGAUGGAGGGCUGCAACAUCAUCAUGAGAGGGAUGGAGGGAUGAGAGGAGCAGGACGGGACGGUGGGAUGGAUUCUGGGAUGUAUCUCGGUCCGGGUUCAUCUCAGGAGGGUUUGUCUCCCUGUCAUCUGAAGAAAGCCAAACUGAUGUUCUUCUAUGCUAGAUACCCCAGCUCUAACACACUCAAGACUUACUUCCCCGAUGUCAAGUUCAACCGCUGCGUGACCUCCCAGCUCAUCAAGUGGUUCAGUAACUUCCGUGAGUUCUUCUACAUCCAGAUGGAACGCUUCGCCAGACAGGCUGCCCGCGACGGUGCACCCUGCCUGGGGAGAGAGCCCCCCCUCCGCCUGGGGAGAAACACGGAGCUCUAUCGCAUACUGAACAUGCAUUAUAACAAGAGCAACGACUACCAAGUUCCUGACAGGUUUGUGGAGAUAGCAGAGUUAGCACUGAGAGAGUUCUACACGGCGAUACAGACUGGCAGAGAUAGUGACCCCUGCUGGAAGAAAUCCAUCUACAAGAUUGUCUGUAAACUAGACAGCCCUGUUCCAGAUAGUUUUAGACUGCCUGGAUGUCCAAUGGGCUGAGGAGAGGACACACACACACACACAAUGCGCAAGGGAUACACACACACACACACACACACACGGAACACACACACACCCACAAUGCGCAAGGGACACACACACAACACACACACACAAUGUG